AUGAAGUGUGUCCUGUUCCCCAUUGCCAUCUUCGCCGCCGCUGUCUCGGCGCAGACCACGUCUUCGAGCGGCGGAUCAACGGCCUGCGCUGCGCUGCCCAUCUUGGAGGCUUGCCUUUCUACGACUGAAGGCUACGUGAGCCAAUGCACAUCCACCGAUUAUACUUGCCUGUGUGACAAAUAUACGGCAAUCAUGACUUGCUUCAACAAUUGCCCUGGCGACUCUAGGUCCUCGAGCUACAGCAACCAGAAGGAACUUUACUGCAUGAACGCCUCUCUCUACUCAUCCAUGACCGCGACGGCAGCCGCAACCAACAGUGGCUCCACAGUCGCGGCCGCCACGACCCCCUUAGGCACGAAGUCGACCGGCUCCACUGACGGGGCCCAGGAGACCGAUCCCACCUCCUCUUCUACAAAUUCGGCGGCCGGAGCCACCCACACGAAUGGGGCUGCUGAGCUGAUAAGCAGUGCCUCGGGACUUCUCGCUGCUGUUGCGGGCGUCUUGCUGGCUGUGCUGUAG